AUGUCAAAGUACCUAAUUCUAAGAUGGACAGUCUUCCUUACGUUACUGACAUCUUUAGUUACCUCAGGAAUACCAGGACUUCACAAAUGGCUUAUUCAGAAUUUCCCAAGUUGUGUUAAGAUAGUGGAGAAAAAUAGACUAGUAGAUGUGACGAAUUUGAAAAAUGGUUACAUGCAAAUAGGAAAAAAGAAAAACAGGAAUAGCAAAAAAGAACAAGAAAGAGAAGGUGAAAAAAGUAUAUGCCAUGUAGAUAACCUCUUAUUUGAUAUGAACCAAUUGUUACACAAAGCUAAUGUAGAAUUUGUUAAUGAUGAAAACUUUUUUUUUAAACUGUCAUGUUUAAUAAAAAAUGUAUUAAAAAAAUUCCAUCCUCAAAAAAAUGUCCUUUUUGCAAUCGAUGGGAUUUGCCCAUUUUCAAAAUUGAAGUUACAAAUUAAAAGGAGAGCAAAAAGUAAAUCGUCUCUUCUAAAUCGUACAAAAGCAAAUGACAUCACGUGUGGAAGUCUUUUCAUACAAAAAAUUUCCAAAUUUCUUCUCAAUUUUGUAAAAUAUUUAUCAUCUCAAGGGAAGUAUGAACACAUAAAAUUUUAUGUUUCCACUGAUAAAGAACUGGGAGAAGGGGAACUCAAACUUAUGAACUGGAUUCAGAAUUACAUAAGCACUAAUGAAACAAACUUUCAAAUAAAUGAAGCAGGAAAGGAAGAUAAAGGAAGUAUUUGCAUGAGUCCAAUAGGUGCAUCAGAAGAAUCUUUUGUUAUAGUUGGUGCUGAUGCUGAUUUAUUGCUUCAAUGCUUGGCUUUGAAGAAGUUGCAUAACAUUUAUGUGUACACAUAUCAGAUGUUUAAUGUUGACCGUGGGCAAUGGAUCAACAAAAAGGAGAAUCAUCUCGUGGGAAAUGACAUUAACUGUCACGUAGGAAGUGACAUGAGCGGAAGUGAGAAGCAAAAUGGAAAAAAUAUACCUCAUCUGAACAAGCACGUAAACAAUAUAAAAUGGAGGAAAAAGAAAAUAAAGGUGCUAUACAACCUAAGAACAUUCAUGAAUCUCUUUUUAAACAAGUAUUCGAAAGCCUUCGAGAGAAUAAGACGAGAUAUGCUGAUUCUUUUCAUAUUGAAGGGAAAUGAUUAUUUGCCAAAAAUAAAAGAAGGGAAUUUUUCGAUUUUUUUUGAAGCAUAUUUUAAAAUGCUAGAUAAUGAGAUGGAAAUGCAAGAAAGAGGAAUACGUCAAUACAAUGGUCUGCUAUCAAAUAAUAACACUCUCAAUAAGUAUCAAUUUAUACAAUAUCUAAAUCAAGUACACAAAUUGAUUAACUUUUCUAAUUAUUACAUUCAUAAUAAUGGGCACUGUUCCAAUUUCAGUAGUGCUGAAUGUAAUGACACUGCCGAUUGUGAUGGAAGCCACCCUUCCAGUGAUGAUAAAACGGAUGAUGAAGAGGACGGCAAAGAUAGACAGCUUCUCUUCAAAGAGCACAUGCUAUACCUUCCCUUAACUCUCCUGAACGAAUUAAUAAGCAAAAGGAAAAUAAAUAAAAAUCGCAUAGAUAUUAAAGUGAACAAAGAAAGCAAGAGCGAUUUUUAUACAUGCACCUUGACAUAUUGCUACAAGGAUGGAAGAACUUGUUCUUAUUCUGGUACAUCUAGAAGGAAAAAAAUUGCCAUGCAUCUCGCUUCAUGUAACUAUUUGGAAAAUGUAUUUCCAUCUUGUAUGCGAAUUUUGGAUUUGAAACAUUUGAAGAAGAUUGUGGAAGAGGUAGAUUCUUGUGGUAAAGUCGAUCGGAAUCAAGAUACCCAGGAGAGAAAAAUGGGAGAACAACUCAACCAAGGGGGAGAAAAAAUACCUUGCCGUUCAGGUAGUUCUGAAGAAAAUAAUGAGCCUCCAUGGGAUGAUAAAACGGAAAGAAAUCAAGUAAAAAUCAAAAGGAGUGGCAAACAAGGUGACAAACAGGAUGACAAACAGGGUGACCAACAAGAUGAUAAACAGGGAGACCGACAAGAUGACAAACAGGGUGACCGACAAGAUGAAAAACAGGGUAACCAACAAGAUGACAAAGAAGAAUCUAACAAAUUAAAAGAAAUGUGGAAUAAUACCAUUUUCGAAAAAGAAAACAAUCAAAUGGAAUUCAAUUUAAGAAAAUUUUAUACGGAAAAUUGUAGAGAAAAAAAUUAUAAUGAAGAAAUGCAUAUUUGCGAGAAUUAUAUCCAAGGAAUACACUGGUUAGUUGAAAUGUAUACAAAAACGUAUUGUAUAAAUUUUAAUUUUUUUUAUAAAUAUGCUACUAGUCCAUCUUUGCUUAGUUUGUAUUACUACUUAUCGAAUUGGAAAAAUGGAAUUGGAAAAUAUGCCAACAAUGAGACCAACAUUAUUCAGAACUUGAACUUGAAUAUUUUUAAAAACAACCAAGAGUAUUACAACUUUAUAAAUUACUGUGUGAAUAGGUAUAGUAUGAGGGAAAAAGCCAAGAAAUUGGAUUUAAAUUUAGAGGAAAAUUAUGUUGAGACAUCACCAAAUGAUUGUGCACGAGAGAAGCUGAAUAUUAGCGGUAUGAAAAAGGAGACUGGAAGAACUCUAAAAUCGAAAAAUGAUAUUAAUCCAAAUAUAAGUGAAAAUAAAGAUCCCCUCAUUUUUCAAAACAAUCAAAUGUGUAAAAAAGAAAAUGCAUAUUUCGAAAACAUAUAUGAUAUUUUAUUCUGCAGAAAUGGGGAGGUCGUAAUGAAUUGUAUACAAAAAUUAAAUGAAGCAUUAAAAAUUACCAUGAGUAGUAGAAAACAAAUUAUGAAAUAUUAUUGGGAUGUUUAUUCUACUCAUUUAAGAAAAUUUUAUAAAAUUAUUUUUUAUAAAACCAAGAAAAUAUAUGUUGCAAAAUUUCCCUUAUUUCGCAUAUCUUUUCAGAAUGAGAAUUUGCAAACAGUAAAAAAUAAAGAAAAAUCACUUUUAAAUGAAAAUUCAUUAAGCGUGUAUAAUAGUAGCACUUGUAGGAAGCGUAUUAGCAGUUGUAAUUUAAAAACUCCAAAUAAUUCUUAUUUUCCUUCUGUCUCUUUCAACACUUUGUGGAAAAAAAAAAAAAAAAACAGGAACUUUUGCACCUGGUCUAUGAAUUCUUCGGCAGAAAAUGAGGAUCCGUCUGUUACAAUAAGAAGCACCAAAGUGACUAGGGUUAUGCGUCUGAAGAGUUCCAGAUACACUAAAGUUGUUGUUUGCUAG